AAUUUCUUCAUUCUUCAUAUCGUUCCCAAUUUCUUCCCUCGAGAACACACAGCGCCGUUCGUCCCUAAUUUCUUCAUUCUUCAUUCUCAUUCUUCAUCGUUCCCAAAUUUCUUCCCAAUUUCUUCCCAAAUCGCCAUCGUCCCUAAAGCGCCAUCGUCCCAAUUUCUUCAAUCAUUCUCCAAACCCUAGACGGCGACCCCUUUAUCAUUCUCCAAAUUUGCUUCAAUCUGCGGUGACAAGCUUCAAUCUGCGGUUACCAGUGGAGUUGGGUUGCUUCUGCUCGAUUUGUUUGGAUAGAAAGAGUUGGGUUGGUGUUUAGUUCCUCAAGGGAUACAAAAUGAUAGGAUCCUUUAUUACCAGGAUACUUGUAAUGGUUUUUGGCUAUGCCUACCCAGCCUAUGAAUGCUAUAAAGCAGUUGAAAAGAAUAGACCUGAAAUUGAACAACUACGCUUUUGGUGCCAGUAUUGGAUUUUGGUGGCUCUUUUAACGGUGUUUGAGCGAAUUGGUGAUACAUUUAUAUCAUGGGUUCCAAUGUAUAGUGAAGCUAAAUUGGCAUUUUUUAUAUACCUAUGGUACCCAAAAACAAAGGGAACGGCAUAUGUGUAUGAUUCUUUCUUUAGACCAUAUGUUGCUAAACACGAGACGGAUAUUGAUCGCAAUUUGAUGGAACUAAGGACACGGGCAGGAGAUAUUGCAGUUUUGUAUUGGCAAAAAGCUGCUAGUUACGGCCAGACUAGAAUUUUUGACAUUUUGCAGUAUGUUGCUGCUCAAUCAACGCCACCGGCUCGUCCUGCUCAGCAACAACCGGGUGCAAGAGGCCGCCAACCUGCACCUGGCAAUAAUAGCCAACAACCUCCAGCAACGGCACCACCAGCUGAGGGUUCAACUCCUCCCACUUCUAGCUCAUCUUCAAGUCAGCACCAGAAGGAAGUAGCAGAAGAGUUGGGUUCCUCACAAGUACCUAAAGCACCCUACUCAUUAGCAGGUUUAAUUUCUCAGAAGAAUAAUCCUACACAAGAAUCUGGCAACCAAUCCAUACCUGCAGAGGCAGAGCCAAUGCAGAUUGAAGAAACACUGCCUUCAUCAUCUUCUGCAAAUGAAAAUGAAAACCCUCCGCCGAAAUAUUCAGUACCAGCAGUAGCAACAUCAUGAUUUGUUGUCUUGAUCUGGUUGAUAUUAGACAUAACUAUAGCUAUAGCUAGCUAGCAACAUCAUGCAUCUGUUUCAGGUGUUGGGUUUUAUAGUUUUGUCCUCAAUUUUAUAGCUACUGCAUUACUUGGUUUGUUCUAUUAUUUUCUGAUUUUUCUUUACUUUGGCAUCAAUUUUAUACUAAAGUAGAACCUGAUUUGUUUUGAUGCUAGUUUUGGCAUCAAUUAAUUUUUACUCUGACAUUUCACUAUGUUUGAAUAUUAACUCCAGGCCUUAGUUCAUGCUUACAUUGUUGUGCUACUGCUAAAACUGUGCUAAAAUAUUUUAAAUUGUGCUUAAAUUGUCUUGACAAGUAGCUUACAUUGCUGUGCUACUGCUAAAACUGUGCUACUGCUGUGAUACUGUUGUGUAUGCUUAUGAGGCCACUGCUGCUGUAAAUUGUUCUGUAAUUACUAAUUAUUUGAGUUUAUAAUAGGAAAAAAGUCAAAAGGGUAGGGAGAAUCAUGCACAUAUUUGAAUGUUAUAGCCUGUUUCAUGGUUAAUCUUGAUGUUUUUGAAUAUUACAUUCUGAAAUGUAUUUAACAAAUUUGGGAAUUUCGGAUAUUGUAGGAUGGGUAUGGAGCUUCCUACAGCUUCCGAAGAAACUGUCCAUUGAAAAAGCUUAUGGAUGAAUAUUGCAGAUGUUAGUAGAGUUGGUUUUUUGUUUGACGGGCGUCUCGUCCAAGCUGAGCAGACUCCACACGAGCUGGGAAUUGAGGAUGGUGAUGAAAUGCUUGUUAUGCUUCAUCUGAGAAGACAUGUUUAGUGGAAAAUUAUAAUGAAAAGCUUGUCAUGCUUCAUUGUAGAUGGAACUGGUUUAACUUUGGACUAGACAAAUUAAUGCAUAAUAUUUGUACCUUCUAUUUUCUAGUAAUAUUAUGGUGCAGUUGCAGCUGCUGGACUUUGCACUUCCUAAU